CAUGAGCUUCUUGGUGUAUGGGGUCACCAUGCUGAGUAUGUCGGUGUUUUCCAACAACUUCCUGGCACACUUCGUUCUCUCUCUCUUCGAGCUACCGAGCAACUUCACGGGCUGCAUCGUGACGCACUUCUUGGGUCGCCGCUUCAUGGCAUACUCCAACUAUCUUCUGCUGGCGAUAUUUUGCUUUGUGGCCCCAUUCUGCAGUCAUAGUGAGUGGUUGCUGAUAACAGUGAUUGGACUUGCCAAACUAUUCGCCACUUCUGCAUUGUACGUUGUGUACCUGAUGUCUUCUGAGGUGUUGCCGACCCCUGUGAGGACUUCCGGCACAGGAAUCGUCGUUGUGUUUGGAAUGAUAGGGAUGGCCAUCUCGCCUCAUGUGCUUCAUUAUGGAGCUGACGGUACUGCCCACUACUGGAUCUUGCUGGCGCUAACAAUUGCCUCCGCGGCUUGCAUGAUACCAAUGCCGGAAACUAUUGGGCUACAGCUCCCUCAGACCUUCCAGGACGCCGAGGAACUAGGAGCCGGCCGUUCAAUCACAUCCUGGGUCCACCACUGGAACUACCAUAGAUUCACGCCAUCAAAAGAACCUCACACUGAAGAGCUAGAUAAAGAUUUGCUACCGAAGCCCAGUUAGACUACAAGGAUCAAUGUGUGUUUGUGUUUGU